AUGAAUAACGUUGACAGCCGAGGCCUGCUAAUACAUUUGAAAACGUUCACCGACAAGUCCAAGAAGUUCAAGGAAUGGAGGAUUGAAGGUGACAUUGAAGAAACCAUCGAAGAACAAAACCGCUGGAGUCUUUUGUGGAGUUUCAUUGAUACACACCGGUUCUCUGGCGCCGGUCUGAAGGAUAGUGAGCUGUCAGAGCGGGCAGUAAUGGGAGAUAUGCGGGCAGUAAUCUCUCUGAAGAAACCCUUGUCUUGGAGAGAAAUGGAUACUAUUUUUGGUUUCAAUAGGUUAGAUUAUUUUCCCGUGCAGCGUUAUAAGGAGUUCCUACGCAAGAUCAACCACGCAAAUAUCCAGAGAGAACUGAACGGUUCAAAGAGGAAGAUUGAAGGGGAUGCUGUCAACACAUUUCCCAAGUUACUAACACCCGAGGAACGGUUGAAGCUAGAGCAACAGGAAGAGGAAGAACAGGACCCAGAAGGAGAUAUGACAGCGAAGAAGAGGAGGCAUUGA